AUGGCGGGCAAAUGGGGGUCAUAUUUCCAGUCGGCCGUCACCGGACUCGAAGCCCGUCUCGACACCAUUCUCGCCGAAGAGACGGACGCCAACAAGAACAGUAACAAGUCCGCACAGGCCGCCGCCGCCGCUCCUGCUGCUGCUGCUGCUGCUGCUGCUCAACAAACCACAGGAGCUUCCGACACGGCCCCUGCGGCGUCACCUGCAGGCGCACCCGCGCCUGAGGCGUCUUCGUCUACAAAACCGAGUCCAACACCCUCUAGAUCCGCAUCAACGAAUCGAAAGCCCGACAGACUACAGGAGAGACUUGCGAGGGCCGUCGCUGCCAAAAAUGCCGCAUCCGCCCAGAAGCCGGACACAUCGUCCGCUAAACAUUCUGCGGCAUCAAGUCCACGCCAGAGCCUCGAUGUACCUCCCCGCGCCUCCAUAGAUAGCGUCGACUCGAGUUCGAUUGCGGGCCAGAAGGGCCCAGGAAGCACUGCCUCCCCGCGGGCAUCGCUGGACGCCACGAAGCGCCCGUCCGAUGAAGUUACAGACGUCGAACCGAAACCUGGAGUGGAAGCUGAGGGGGUCGAGAUUCAAGUUGAGAGUAAAGAAAUCGAGGAAAAGCUCGGAGAAUCGGUUGUGCCGGAGGCUGCUCCAAGACCAUCUACGGAAUCUUCAACGCCUGCGCAAGGAACAACAGCAGCAACGGAAACGACCGUUGAGACCACAAAGCCUGAAGUGCAAAAUGCCAUGACACCCGACGCCAUGACAAGUCUCGAUCAACAGACAGAUUCGACCUCGACUGAUGCGCAAAGACAAAACCAAGAGGAGAUCAAUGACUAUGUCGAAAAGAUCGAUGCUCUCCAAGCGAAGCUGCAAUACCUGGCGCGAGAGGCGGCAGAAGCCGCAAAGAAGGCGAUCCAGGCGGCACCUCCCGGAAGCCUUGAGAGGAAGCUGGCCGAGAAGGACCAACAAAUAGCGUUGCUCAUGGAAGAGGGCAAGAAGCUUGGAGUGACAGAGCAGAAGCACCGCACCAUAAUGAAGAAGCUGCGUGCCAAGAUCGCGGAGGACGAGAAGGAGAUGAACGAGCUCAAGGCGGCGCGCAGCAAAGCGGACGCAGAGGCCGAAUCUCUCAGGAGGCAGGGGCGGCGGGCUAACGAUCUUGAGAAGUUCCACGAGGAAUCUCUGAAGCGAAUAGGUCAGCUGCAAAAGGACAUUAACGGUCUGCGGGCGGAGUCAGCCACCAAAGAUUCCACAAUAGCCGAUCUAAAGUCGCAGCUACAACAGGCCCAAGAUGCUGCGGAAGCACAAAACGCAAAAGCAACCGACCAGGCCCUGGAGAAGGAAAGGAGACGUGCUCAAGACCUCGAGGAUGAGGUGGCGGCUCUCAAGGUGGAGAAGACGCUGGCGGCAGACCGAGCAAAGGCGCAAGCCCAAGAGCUUCAGGAGAAGCUCGAGAGGGCCAACGAACGCGCGCGCGUGGUCGAGGCCGAGCUCAAGGCUGAGGCGCAGGCGCUGGAGGGCAAGCUCGAAGCGAUGCGAGCCCGCGCAGAGGAGGCCUCCACGGGCGCCGUGGGCGACUCCCAGGCGAAGCUACUGAGACAGAUCGAGACGCUGCAGACGCAGUACGCCAUCGCUAGCGAGAACUGGCAGGGCAUAGAAGCCACGCUGCUCGGGAGGAUAGCCAGCCUGGAGAAGGAGCGGGACGAGGCGUUACAACGAGAGUCUGACAUGAGGAAGAAGGCUCGAGAAGCUGCUCUGCGCGCGAAACGUAACGAGGAGGAGCUAGAAGAGGCUCGGUCAAGCUUACCCACGGUGCAGGAUGAUAUUGAGUCAUACAAGAGCCAGAUCAAAGCUCUCGAGAAGCGUGCGGAGCAGGCCGAGGCUGCACUAGCCGAGGCGAAGACAGACUUUGAGAAGCAGAAGGCCGUCUGGAAAGAAGAGCAAAGGCAAGCCGAACGUAGCGCGUCGGCCGACCAACGAGACUGGCUGGAAGAUCUGCCGCCACCCAACGCGCCUUUCAAGACGACUAGCCGGCCAGAGUCACCCGUGCUUCCGCCGCCAAGUAGGAAUUGGAGCUCAGAUGUCCUCGGGUUUCAGAAUAUGCUCGGCAAGCUCCGGAAGCCAUCCGCGCCGUCGAGCAACGGCGACGGCGUAGGGGAGAGCAGCUACCGGCCAUCCACUGCCGGACGACGACCGUCGGCGAGCCCGUGGAUCCCUCAGCAAGCACACAGGCCGUCGAUCGCGGCAUCGAGCGUGCCGCCGGGCCUGCAGACGCCAGCGACGCCGUUCAGCAUCUCGAUGGAGCAGCUGGCCGAGUACGAGCCGACCGAGGCGGCGGCGUCGACGCACCACGUGAUGCAGGACAUGGUCUCGGUCAGCACGGCCGGGGCCGGGCCGACCGUGCAGCUGGUCGAGCGCAUGAGCGCGCAGGUACGGCGGCUCGAGAACGAAAAGGUCAAGGCGCGCGAAGAGCUAGGCCGCAUGUCGAGGCAGCGCGACGAGGCCCGCGCCGAGAUCGUGGCGCUGAUGCGCGAGGCCGAGGCCGGCCGGUCGGCAAAGGAGCGCGUCGCGGCGCUGGAGGCCGAGGUCGCCGCCGUCAAUCAGCGGUACGAGACCACGCUGGAGCUGCUGGGUGAGAAGAGCGAGGAGGUGGAGGAGCUCAAGGCGGACGUGCAGGAUGUAAAGGCCAUGUACAGAGAUCUGAUAGACCGGACGCACAAGUGA